AUGGCCGGCAUGCCAGCCAGCGGUACCAGUGACGCGUCGGGCUUCACACACAAUCUGACCCAGGCUAUGCUUGCCGAGCAUGGAAAGCGGCAAGAGAACGAUAAUGAAAGCGAGAAGGAAACCUACAGCAGCGCCAUGUGUUCGGUCGAUUUCCAUGCUCCACUGUCCCAGGAGGCGCGCAACGAAAAGGUCAAACAGAUAUGCAAGAAGCAUCCCGCGUUGGUCCAAACUCGACGUGCCCAAGGUCUGCUGGCCGACUUGCAGACCACGAUCCGUCGAAUGCCUGGCGUCUCUGCCGUCGAGGGCAGACAGAUUAUUGACCAACUGCGGGAGGUGUCGCAGGUAACGAGCCAAGAGACGAGCAAGCUCGUCGGCGCCAUUGCUCAUUUGACGAUCGACAGUGACGAUACCGAUAGGUCUAUCGCUCGCAUGAGUCUGGAUCAUAACCUCGUAAAAGCCACAUCUGAAGACACGAUACAAAAGUUGAAGCAGGAGCUGGUAUCGGAGAAAGACAAGCGCACUGCCGUAGAAAAUGUGGCCAGGGAGGUCUCUCAAGAUAUGGAGAUGCUCAAAGGGGAGUUUGAAGAGUUUCGCGUUCGGGUCAUGAGGGGCCUCGGGGGGUCGCCAGAUACCCAAAAUGACAUAGUCAAGCAUCUGGAAGGAAUUAUAUGCCACCUCGAAGGCCAGGUCAACAAUCGUCGUUCUCUUUGGGUCAUGAAGCACGACAACCCGCGCCACAUCUCCAAGGCCAUCGGCACCAUGGCGGACUCGCUGCCCAAAAAGCCGGCGUUUGAGCGUAGCUUGUCUUCGCUGCGUCUGGCUGGUGAGGAGAUGAAUGGUAUAGCGCAGAAGCUGACGUUCUCACCGAACGAGGAGCGCUCUCCUCAGGGAGACAUGGGUCGUCCGCCUCACAGUGACUUUCUACAACUGCCACCAAGGGUCCCCGUCGGCUAUCCAUCGCAAUCUAGAGAAGACGACCUGGGCAGUUCUCAGAUGGCUGUGCACAGAGCUGCAUUCACACCGGCCAGCAGCGGACCUGGCCGGAACCCUCCGUCCGGUCCCAGCAGUCGCUUCCAGACUUGGGAUCACGGCCCUCACGCCGACACGCAGCACUCCCGCACUGGCGCCAUGGCCCGAAGCAUGACCUCCCCCUGUCAUAGUCGCAACAUGGCCUUGACCCCCUCUCGGCGUGGCUUUGGAGCGUAUCGCGGCGCUCCCACGCCACAACCCGACCUCCAAGGUGCGCAGCAGCAGUUCCAGUUAGCUGACCCCUUUGUACCGCAGCAUCGCCCAAAGACCUCGCUGGGCAAUCAUUCGCACUCCAAUGGACACGGUUCUGCACGCGGAGACUAUAGCUCGCAGACUGUUGGUCGCAAUCGCUACUCCAACACCAACACGCCCCGGCUACAGGAACUCUUCGAUCCCUCCACACAUCCCCCGACCGGGCCGAGCUCUGCCCUCGUCCAUCGCAAUGUGCCUGUCUGCAAUAUGCCCCUGGUCCAUCUGACCGAGCGGUCCGUAUCUGCCUGGGCGACACAGAUUGGCGAGUUCUACUCUGUCAUCCGCGACUUUGUCGAGAACCAAGCCGGUGAGGCUAUGCCCCGCAGCGAGCACGAGAAGAUCUGGCGUUCCAACAUCUGGAUGGUCCUGGUGCGCACGUACCUGCCGCUCUCCGAAGCCGAAGCAGCAUCGUACUUGGCCGUCCAUCUCACCCGCACCCAAGACAAGCGAUGUCUUGUCACCCGUGUGAUCAUCGACUAUGUGGUCAACCUCGUCUGGAUCCCCGGCGCUUGGAAGGGCGCUGAUCGGGAGUCGACGAGGGCGCUUAUCGACCUGGAGCAUGACCUGGCGCAGGUGGCUGGCUUGACCGCCGCUAUCCGUCAACCUCUUCUGGACCGCCAGUCUGCCAUUCUCGACGGCAUCAUGCAGACCAACGAACCGCGAGGCCCAUUCUAUUCCGCGCGCACCGCCCACAUUGCCACCUCCCUCUUGGAGUCCCUCCAACCCCUGCUCGACACGAAUCGCACGACCCCAUCUGCGGCGUACCAGUCACUUCACCGAGUAGCUGUCUGUGCCUGGGACCUGUCCUCCAAGAUCCUCACCUCUCGUCUCACGUUUGACUUUCGAUUCCCCGAGAUCGGCUCGCGGUUCAGCUGCCAGAGCAUGCUGCCUAUCUGGCCCACUGAUAUCGGUGCCAUGGAACUGCAGGCGAAGCACUGGAGGGUGGCGCUCGUGACAACGCCCGUGGUGACUUGUCGCAACGACACGGGGUUCAACAUCUCGGCCCACUCAGUCUCGCUGGCUGAUGUGAUUUGCAUGCAGUGA